AUGUCCAUAUAUGGCGAUCUUUCCGAACGCCGGGCGCCCAUUGGCUCGCCCGGCCGGGACACGGGCGGCCACUUCUGGGAACAGACGGGGAAGGAGCGGAGAUCCACAGACCUCGGUCCCCGCCCCCCUUCCUCGUUCCGCACCUUGCAGUCCGCGGGACGCCGGGUGCCCGGCCCCGGGGUCGUGGAGGCGAUCUCGGCGCCGCGGGAGCCCCGCCCGCCGCCCGGGAAGCCGCGGCCCGGGCAGCCCCGUCCCCGCCCGCCGCCGGCCCUGAGUCACCGGCCGGGCGGGGGUGGAAGUAACGGACGGGGGGCGCCGGGCGCGCUCCUCGCCUUAUUUAGUCAAGGAGGCCGCCGAUUGGCCGGCGGAACAAAGGGGCGGUGGCGGGCGGCCGGGGCGGGAGCGGAGGGGGCAGCGGCUGGCCCCCGCCCCCACCCCCGGCCCCCACCCCUGGCCGCCCGCGACCCCACAGCUCCGCUGCCGGCGCGGCCCCGAGGAUGGGGGUGGGGCUACCCGUGCCCGCGCCCCCCCCCCCCAGGUCCGGCGGCUGCAGGGGGUGCGGGGGAUGCGGGGCUGGGUCGCCUCCCGGCGGGGGAGGAGGGGAGUGACGGCCCUUCUGGGAAGCACCGCCGGGAGCCGGGAGUACGUGGACGCGGAGGAGCCCUGCCCCAGUUCAGUGCUGGCUUUGGGCGAUUUGUUGUGACUUUGCUGCAUUUCAUUUUAUCUUCCAUGCGUUUAAUGGCUGAGGAAAUAGCGGGACGGGGAGGUGGGGUCACCUUGCAGGUAACUGUGGUGGGGCUGAGACUUAGCUCGAGGCCUUGCCUCCGGGUCCUGGGCACUGCCUGGCAACCCCACGUCGCUGUCAUCUCCCUGCUCUCUUCAGGGGUGGUCCCCAGGACUUCUGCACUUGGUAGCGUGGCCACCAGCCCACCUGCACCCCCUACUCACCCUGCUAGCCUCCCACCUCUAGCCACCUCCCAACUAGUCAUUACUUGUCAGGCACACAGCACAGGUGACUUGGUGAUGGGUCGGCGCCCCCAGCCUUUGGCCUGGCCAUUCCCACCUGCGAGGAAUGCCUUGCCUUCUCCAUGCAAAUGCGACGUGGGAUCCUGGUUUGGAUCCUGGGACACAAAAAAGGAAGGCAGCGGAAGAAGCAGUGAAAUCUGAGUAAAGUCUGGAGUUUAAUACCAAGUGCCAAAGUUCCUCGCGGUGACAGCUGAACCACGCCUGUGUAAGUUGUUACCUUAAGAGAAACUGAGUGGGGAGGCUACAGCAAAGCUCACGCAAUCUUUGCUACUUUUCUGUAAAUCUAACAUUAUAAUAAGAACUUCAUUUUAGAACAUCUAAGGAAAAGCAAAGUUUCCCUACCCGUAGGUCCCUGUCUGGUUCUCCCAGGCCUGUGGACAGAUCAAAGGCAGGAUGAUUCUUCUUCUGCUUCUUCUGCCUGUGUCUGCAGGGCGCUGGGCAGUCUCCCGUGGAGAGGGGGACAGGCUUGGGCGGCUAUGUCUGUCUGUCUGUCUGUCUGUCUGUCUGUCAGGAACAGUGGUCUUGAGGGCUGCCGAGGUAGACAAGGCCAAGUUCCUGCUGGCGUGGCCUGCUUGCGUCUGAGUUUCAACUCCAAGGGCGAGGUCAGGGCCACAUACUUCUGGCCUCGUGCCCAGUGGGGGCCGUUCUGAGGGCACCGUGUCUGCUGCGGCACACCUGGAAGCUGGGGCUCCAGAUCCUCUCUCUGCAGAGCCUUCUGGUGGCUGGCCAUUUGGUCACGUGCACCGCUGUGCGGGAGCCAGGCGCCGCCGGCUUAUCACCGCCGCUGGUCCUGCAGCCGGAAGCUGUGAACCAGGCCUCUGCAUGUGCCUGGGGAGGUGCCCUGAAACCAUACCGUUUUGCAGGUGGGGAAAACAGGAUUGCAGGGUACGCUCCCCACACGCAGUGUGGAGAGACAGGUGUACAGAGACAGCCAGGCCAAGAGUCCCUGGGCCCCUCCCUCCUUAACCUUACCCACUGCUCCAGCAGAGGAGGGUUCCAGGCAUUUCAAAGAUGGGUGGGCCCCCGUGGAGUUUACCAGAGCUUCUGUCUCCCCAUCCUGAUGCAGCAGGAGCCAAGGAGGCCCCGGGAAGAGCACUGGGCGAGGAGUCAGGACCUGGGUUCUGGGCCAGGCUCAGCCUGUGCCAGCUGCGACCUCCCACUGCCCCCUUCUGUAAAGAAGUGGGCUAGUCGUGCAGCCCAUCAGAGGAUCUGAGGCUGGCGGCCCUCUUGCACUAGACGACAGGUCUAGGGACUGGAGGCCACUGGGAGGUGAAUCUUCCCUCCGCCCCAGGCCUCACUGCGGUUUUCUCAGCCUCGGGCUUUGACGUCGCGGUAUUCAAGUUUUGGUUAAGAAGCACUCAGUUGGCGCCUCUGUGUAUCAGACCCAAGAUUCCUGGGAGCAGCGGCCUUUGAUGGAGCAGCUGGCUCCUGGCUCUGCUUCUGAGGGCACUCUUCCAGGCCUCACUUCCUGGGCCUCAGCAGGUAGAGUGACAGCGCUCCCUAUACCACAGGGUGGGGGUGCGGGGCCCGAUACCGUGGCCCAGCAGUGGUCCGUCUGCUGCCCGUCACCUUUGCCAAGAAAAAUUAUGUCGUGGACGCACCGUGGGCCCGCCUCACAGCUGCCUCCCCAAGAGAUCACCGCUCGGUCUCUGCACGGCCCUUACUCUCUGGGAGCUGCACCCACAGAUUGCGGCGGGACCCCGAGGAUUCAACCCAGGAGCCCGCGCCUCCGGCUGCUUCGCAACAGCCCCGCCUCCGCACGCAGCUCAAGCCAGACACCAGGUGCCCGCCAGCGACGGCACAUCCGCACGCCCCUGACCUGCCAUGCUGUCUGUCCAGCCGGGCUGCCCGCCUCCUGCUUCCACGGGAUCCAUGUUGCAAAUCAGCUCGCUCUGCUCCCCGGGCCUGCCACUGCCUCGAGACAGAGCCUGAGCCCUUACCCUUGUGCUGGAAGCUCUCUGGUGGCCCUGCCUGACCCCCCAACCCCUCACCUACUGCCUCUCUUGUUCACUGCCCUCCAACCUCAGUUGCUGGCUGGCUCUUCCUCUACAAGUUCUUCUGGUUGGCCGCCACUGCCCUGCAGUCCCCCAGACCUUGCCCUGGCCUCAGGUCCAGUCCCCCACCUCCUCCCUGAAUACUGGUUAUUCAUUGUUUGUCUGCCCCCACCCUCUGCCCCAGAGUUUCCCCGGGGAACAAUGGUGAAACUGGUGUCCCCUGCGACCGGAAUAACGCCUGGCACCUUUGUGGCUGCAGGACGCCUGAACGGAGGCAGAAAGAAUGAAGACGGAGCAGCCCCGGAGGGACCGUCACAGGGGGGCUGGGCGAGCUGUCCCCUACCCUGACUCCGGGAUAUGGCUCUAGGGCUGAGAGGGAAGGGUCCGCCUACCCCGGCUGGUAGGCUCGCAGGGCUGCAGGGGGCAGUGCUGAGGUGGUGGGGUAGGGCACCGAGAAAAGUGCGGGCUCACCCGCACCUCCCGCUCUGGCCCCGGCCUGUGGGGAACGCGCCCGGCCGGCCGAGCUCUCCCGACUGGGCCAGGGCCCCGCGCGGCAGGUGUCCCUAACGGCGGAGGCGGAAGGCAUGGAGGCGAUCAGGGCGGGACACCGGCAGGAGGCGGCUGCCCUGGGCGCCCCGUCCUCCCCGCCACUGUCGCGAGGGCUGCAGGGGGCGUGGACAGAGUGGGCCAGGCUAGGGUCGAGCCAGGGCUCCGGACCGGUCACCCGACCGCUUGUUGCGCCCUCGCUCCUCCGCCCAGACUUCCCGGGAAGGCUGCGCGGCGCGCGGGGGCCUGGCCGGCGAGGCGCGGGCGUGGCCCCGCCAGGCCCCGCCCACCCUCCUGGGGCUGGGUAUCGGGCGGGGCGGGAUGGGGGGCGAGGGCCCGACGCUUCGGGGGAGUCGAGGACCCCCCCCCCGGUGGGUGGUGCCGCGUGUCGUUAUGGACAGGGUGCGGUGCCCGGCCACGAGACCACAAAUUCUCGCGCGCCCCUCCCCGCGCCUGGGCCCGGCCUCGCCUCUGGGAGCCGAGUCCCCGCGCCCUUGGGGGACCGCGCAAGUGACCCCGCACGGAAAUCCAGAGGGCGGCCGAGGACCGCGGAAGAGGCUAGCCCAGAGGCCGCGCAAGCUGGGGCUGGAGCCCGGGGGCUCCCUGACCUGUCCAGACUCGCACCGUCUCCCGGGAUGCGCGCAGGGGCCGCCCGCAGCCCUUCUGCGCUCCCGCUGUUAGCGGCCCUCAGACCUGGCGUCGGAGCCGUCCGCCGCACCCCCGCGUCUCCUCUGCCUCGGCGGGGUGCGGGCAGGCGCGGCACCCUGAUUCCUAGGCCCGCAUCAGCGCGCACCUCUCCGGGUGGGCCACGGGCUGGGAAUCGGGACACCCCCUAGGGGCAGCGAACUUGAAGGCCUGGGCCAGAAGACGGCGCCCAGCUCCGAGGCGGGCCCGGUGUGAUUCCCAGGUGGGCCGCCAGGUGGGUCCCGCUAGCGGGGUUGGGCGCCUGGGGCUUAGCGAGAAAUCCAGGCUGCACCGGUCUGCGCCGCCCUCUCCCCGCUACGCGGUGGGCCGAGCCCUCCCCAGCGCAGGGAGGGACCCCUACGGCCACUGACGGGGUUGGGGAGGCGCCCGGCACUGCGGGCCAGCCGCUGAGUCACUGCCGCCAGAGAGUGAGGGGAGUGGCCGGUGACCUCAACCAGUGCCGACGCAGGGAGAGAAGGUGGGAUUGGGGUCAGCCGGUACCCAAGGCAACGGAAGGGGGAGGGCCGGGGCCUCGACUCAGCCAGACGGCGCCAGCCCACCAUGAUGCCCAGGUACCUUCUGUCCAGGAACAGACAGCGGCCACAGGGGGACACCAAAGCCAGGGCAGACUUGGACCUGAUUCUUGGAAUACACAGUGCUGGUGCCCAGGGGAUGGGGACGCAGGGGUCCAAGCAGCCAUGCCCCGUCUGCUUCCUGGGCACACUGGGUUAUUUUGACAGCUAGGCCACCCAGGCAGACGGCCAAUGAUAAGCAAUUCAGAGAGAAUGACAUGGGGGCUCAGAGGCUGAGGCAAGUCCCAGGUCCCACGGCCAGAAAGGUGGGGCCCGGAGACAGCCAACUCUUUACUCACCCUGCUAGCUAUGGGAGGCCCGCCCGUGUUGGAGGACAGAGGGGGUGAGUCCAUUCCACUUGUCCAGGGGCCCUCCCAGGGCUGUGAGCGGCUGGGCUAGCCCCAGGAAGAUGGCAGCAGGCGCUGGAGUGCCCCACUAGGGCAGUGGGGAGCCACAGAAUGCCCUGGGGUGGGGUAGCGCGGAGGAACAGAGCUCGCCCUGAAGGUGGAGUGGGGGGGUGGGGGGUGCAGAGACAGCAUACCGCGAGGAAAGACAGAUGAUGCUCUUGGGCAUUCGGGACACCUCCACCUCCCUCGGUGACGGGUGGGUUGGCCCCACCGUACCACCGGAGACUGCAGGAGCCCACCCCCAGGAGGGGCCCCUACCCAUAAGCACCCGGAGCGAACCUGCAGCUUAGCUGUGCUGAGCACCUUCCCAGACCCCUCUCUCCAGGCCCAGCUUUACGCCAGGGCGGACGGAGUUUGGUGGGCCCCCUGGCAGGGCGGGGUACCCGCACAGGCCUGUAUUUUACCCUACCUGGGAAGGGUAGUUUGGGGAGUGAGGAAAAUUCAUGUUGAAAAUGUUCCCUUUAGGGCACCUGGGUGGCUCAGCCGGUUGAGCAUCUGACUUCGGCUCAGGUCAUGAUCUCGCACUCAGUUUGUGAAUUCGAGCCCCGCGUCGGGCUCUGUGCUGCCGGCUCGGAGCCUGGAGCCCGCUUCGGAUUCUGUGUCUCCCUCUCUCUCUGUCCCUCCCCUGCUCACAUUCUCUCUCUCUCUCAAAAUUAACUAAACGUAACCAUAAUAAUAAAGAAAAUGUUCCCUUUGGAUUUUGAA